UAAAUUUAAAAAAAAACAACCUAAUGCAGUACUUUCCUAAAAUGAAGAUACUGGUGCUUGCAGCUCUGUUCGCUUUGGUCAACGCCAAACAUGAACAAUAUAUCGGAUGGAAAUCCUACUUCGUAGGACCAGCAAGCUUGGAGCAGCUCACCAGCCUGCAUUCCUCCUCCAAUCAAUUCAGAUUGGAUAUCUUAAGUCGUCCAACAGUCCAGACAGCUGGCGUCAUAUUAGUGCACCCUGAGUCUCAGACAGACUUCAUCAAUAACUUGGAAUAUUUGGGAAUCAGCUACAGUGUCCACGUUAAUGAUGUCAAAAUUCAGCUGGACCGUGAUGAUGAGAUCACUGAUAGCUGGAAGCAGUCUCUUAGCAGAAGCGAGAACAGCACUCUUCCUUUCGAUAAUUACCAAGAUUGGGAAAUGAUUGUCAGUUACCUGAACGAAACUGCUGUAAGGAACCCGAACACUACGACCUUAGAGAAGGGUGGCCUAUCCUCCGAGGGUCGUGACUUAUACUACUUGAAGAUCUCCACCACCAACUUUGAGGACUUGUCCAAACCCAUUAUUCUUAUCGAUGCUGGCAUCCAUGCUAGAGAAUGGAUCGGAAUCCCAGUUGCAACUUGGAUCAUCAACAAACUGACUGAUGAGCUUAACGAAACUGAUCUUCUUGAAAAGUUCGACUGGAUUAUUGUACCUGUUGUCAACCCUGAUGGUUAUGUUUACACUCGUGAAAAUGAUCGUUUCUGGCGCAAAACGCGUUCCAACAACACAAACAACUGGGAAUGUGUCGGAGCCGACGCUAACCGCAACUUCGACCACUACUGGAACACCGAAGGCGUCAGUCAAGACCCUUGCGAUGAAACCUUCGCUGGUAUCGAAGUCUUCUCCGAACCCGAAUCCCGGUUUAUCAAGGAAAUUAUUAAUGAAAACCUUGCUCGUAUUGCCUUGUACGUAACCUUGCACAGCUACGGCAGUACUAUCACCUACCCCUGGAGCCACAGGAUCGGUCUUUCAAACAACGCUCUUGGUCUCCACGCUGUAGGAAUCACGAUUGUCAAUGGAAUCCAAGAAUUUGCUUUGCCUCAAUUCCCUCGUUACGAAGUUGGCAGCUCAGCCUUAGUUCUUGGUGAACUUAUUUCUGGGUCCUCAGAUGAUUAUGCUCAUUCUAUUGGAGUACCUUUGACCUUGACUGUGAGGCUUCCGGGCUUAAUUCCUCGCUCUUCUGCUGGCUUCAUCCUGGAUCCUCAGUACAUCCGGCAGGUCGUUACUGAAACUUGGAACGGUAUUGCUGCAGGCGCUCGAAGGGCUGGAGAGUUGGUUAACUAAUCGGAUUUUUUUUUAUACUUUCAAUAAAAUAAAACAACAAUUGAA